UCCAGGUGGCGGUAAUGGUCCAUCUCGUUUGUUUGAUGACGUAUAAUAAACGCGACGCUUUGGAUCUGCUUCAUAUUGCACAUGCAUGCGACCUCUAAACCUGUGAAUCAGUAGUUUGUUUCGGGUUUAUAUAUAUGCAGGACAGAUGACAAUGCUUCUUCUGAGGAGAGCAGCGCAGACGGCGGUGCGGACGAACCCCCGCAGGUCGUUUUCUGCCUCACAGACACACCUGAGCGAGAGGAAAGGUCUGGUGCUGGGAGUGUUUGAGAAGGAGGGCAGUGUUCAUCUGACAGAGGCAGCUGCUGGAUUUGACCAAAGUCUGUCUGGGAAACUCUCUGAACUGCUGGAAAUCUCUGGACCAGCUCUCAAGAAAGGCAAAAGCAGAGUAUUCUAUGGGAUCCACAAGGACUUCCCCUGUGUGGCUGUAGUCGGGCUGGGUAAGAACAAUGCAGGUGUGUGUGGAGCAGAGAACUGGGACACCAGCAAAGAGAACAUCAGGCAGGCAGUGUCAGCUGGAUGCCGGUUACUUCAGGACCAUGAGGUGAGCCAUGUAGAGGUGGAUGGCUGCGGUGAUGCCCAAUCUGCUGCAGAAGGUGCCGCUCUUGGUUUGUUUCAAUAUGACCAACUCAAAUCAAAGAAGAAGACCAAAGUGACCACACAGCUCCAUGGAAGUGCUGACUCUGUCGGUUGGGAGAAAGGAGUCAUGUAUGCAGAUGGACAGAACCUGGCGCGUUUUCUCAUGGAAGGUCCAGCCAAUCACAUCACGCCUACUGCUUUUGCCAACACUGUGGAAGAGAAACUCUCACAACAUGCUGAAAGAGUCACAAUAAAUAAAAGAUCUCAGAGUUGGAUUGAGGAGCAACAGAUGGGAGCGUUUCUCAGCGUGUCUAAAGGCUCAGAAGAGCCCCCUGUCUUCCUGGAGCUGCACUACAACGGUUCUCCUGACAGCAAGCAAGCCCCACUGCUCUUAGUGGGGAAAGGAAUAACCUUUGACAGUGGUGGUAUCUCUCUGAAGCCGUCUGCUUCUAUGGAUGCAAUGAGAGCUGAUAUGGGCGGAGCUGCCACCGUGUGCGCGUCCAUCGUCACAGCAGCAGCUCUGAAACUGCCUGUUAACAUUAUUGGCCUGGCUCCGCUGUGUGAGAACAUGCCCAGUGGAAAAGCGACUAAACCAGGUGAUGUUGUCAGGGCCAAAAAUGGAAAAACAAUCCAGGUCGAUAAUACAGAUGCAGAGGGCAGACUUGUUCUUGCUGACGCUCUGUGUUAUGGACACACCUUCAACCCCAGAGCCAUCGUCAAUGUUGCUACACUAACAGGUGCGAUGGAUGUGGCUCUCGGCUCAGCAGCGACUGGAGUGUUUACAAACUCUGACUGGCUCUGGGAGCAGCUACACAAGGCUAGUGUUGUGACAGGUGACAGAGUGUGGAGGAUGCCUCUCUUCCAGCAUUACACCAGACAGGUGACUGACAGCCAGCUGGCCGACCUCAACAACAUCGGAAACAGCCGUUCCGGCGGCGCAUGCACAGCCGCUGCUUUCCUGAGAGAGUUUGUCACCGCUCCUCACUGGGCUCAUCUGGACAUUGCUGGUGUGAUGAGUAACAAAGAUGAAGUUCCCUACCUGAGGAAGGGCAUGUCAGGAAGACCGACACGAACGCUGGUGGAGUUUGCUGCUGCAAUGGCCCAAAGUGACUAAGAGACUGAACGUGAUCACACGACCUAAGAGUGAGCUUCUUUGGCAGUGAUUUCCCCCCCUGGUCAAGUUUAUAAGACAUUGCACAAGAAGCAAAUGUCAUUAUCAUGGAAGAGCUCUGGAAAAAGUUGAAUUGAGCUCAGACUUAUUCUAUGGUUAAUAUCAGUGAAAUAAAAUAAAUACAAGUCAUUUCAGCUCAGUAGAAUACAGUGACUGCAUAAUUUAUAUGUUGUAUAAAUAAACUCUGUAAUAUUUUAACUA